GGCUGGCAGGCUUUCGAACGCUGUGUCUAAGAUAACAUUGUAUCAACCCGCCUUGUCGUGUGACCAUUUGGAGAAGUCAUUCAUUAGGCCCUCAUUCAGAAUGACGCGCCUAAAGAUGCCGCCAACGCCGGCGUCCUCCACCGAGAUCAAGGGCCAGGACCAUUCACAUCAGCUCUCUACUUUACAGAUGUCUUUUGAGCUGCCUCCAUCGGCUAUAGGGCCAAAUGCGAAGUCCCAGCAACCCAAUUCUGGAGCUAACACUUCACCUGUAUCGCCAUCGCCAUCUACUAAGACGACCUACCCGGUCCAACCAAGCGAGACAGUCAAGUCGAGAAGACGCUCGUCUGCCGCGCAAAAGGAGACAUUUGCUUUGCCUCCUCCGCCGACGAGAUCCCGCAGGAUCAUUCAGAUGAAGCCCCAUCCCCAGGAAGAGCCGGUUGAGCAGCCUUCCCCAGAUAAAACGGCACCUGCCACCACCGGCAAGAGUGCCGCCGGUACCGGGUCUAAGAAGAAACAGCCGUCAGCAACUAGCGCCGCGGGGAGGAAGAUUGCUAGGAAGACGGCCCAUAGUUUGAUUGAACGCCGUCGGAGAUCUAAGAUGAAUGAGGAGUUCGCAGUGCUUAAGGGUUUGAUACCCGCUUGCACCGGCGAGAUGCACAAGCUGGCUAUCCUUCAGGCUUCUAUCGAAUAUGUGCGAUACCUCGAAGAUUGUAUUACCAAGUUAAAGGAGCAACGCGAUGAUCAAUCGGCCACACCAGCCCCAUCCCAGUUCAAGCUGACUCCGUCAAAUGAUGUUGACGCAUAUGAUAUGGACGAGGAUAAUGAUGACGAGGAAGGUCAAGACGAUGUUGAAAUGACGGGUUCGGAAGCGCCGUCACCUGUCUAUGCGCAGACUCCUGUGCGCUCUAAUCAAUCGUCUAUAUCGCCGGCGCUAGUAGCACAAGACGCUCGAGGUAGACAUCACUCCUACUCGUCUAUCUCCACCGAGUAUCGCCAUUACAGUUAUAGUGGGCCGUCUAAUAAUACCUCUCCGGCCUUUGGUCCUCAGGGGUAUCCACAACAUAUGGGGACCGCAUCUACGUCACAUUCGACCCUCACUAGUCCGGCUCUAAGACCCCAGCAGGAGAUAGAUCAGGAAGCCUCUGCGGCACUUCUGAUGCUUAAUGUGGAUCGUAGGGGGAUGGCUAGCAGUGGUUCGGGACGAGGUAUGAGCGUCAAGGAUCUACUCAGCUCAUAAGCCAUAUCGAUUGUGGCUUGGUGUGACUGUAUAUUAUACUUCAACAGUCUACUCCAGGGCGCGAGUUUAAGUCAAUUGAGUGUAGGUUUGGGUUUGAUCGGCUGGGUUGGUGCGGUUGUCUGUAUUUACAUUUGCAUUAGCGGAAACUGGGGGCCUAUGUACACGUCGGGUAUUGAGGGUACGGCAUAGAUACUAAAAAUCGCAAAGGGUAUACUGUGCUAGGGUCGUUAUGUUGUUUGAUAGAUUGGGUUGCUAUAUUCUACGGUAGUAUGCCAAAGAAGCAGAUAUACAACUCACCAGGAUCUUCAACAAUAUUUGUGGAGAUAAUUACUUGAAAUAGUUAAUAAGUAUUAGCAUAACUUAUUUAUUAUGGUAAAUACAAGACGGGUUGAAGUUUCUGGCUUAAUCUUUGCCU